AUGGCAUCUGGUCUGUAUUUCUUCGUCUUCUGUUGGACCAUUGGACUGUGGAUCACAGAAAAUGUAAGACACUGUUUCACCCUCUUUUCUUCUAACCUUUCUAAUAACUGAGAGCGCUUUACCUAAAACACCUCUUCCUUUAGUACACUUAGCCCGAAAAAUUAAAAAUGCUGCUGCCGAUUAGUUUCACUAACCUUUUUCUACACUUUUUCAUACCACAGGUUGGAUGUUCUGAUGUGAACGGUAGGCAUGUUUUACACAUUUCUGGAGAUGCUCAAAAUACAUGAGCUGGCAAAGUAAAGUUCCUCGUUAUUAUGGUGGUGGUGGUUUUUGAAUGUUUUUUUUGAUUACCUGAACAAACACAAGACAAGUUAGGAGUCAAAAUUUUCCAUCUUUUUAGUCAAAUCUAGAAGUUCUUCUCACCAACAUGCGGAGACUUCAUCUGUUACACAUCAGCCAUCUCAGUCUGAUGAAAAUGACAUGUACAUUUAUUAUUCUGUGAAGAUUAUUUUUGUAUCAACACUGCUGUAAAAUUACAACUACCUCCAUAGAUGACUGUGAUGAAUCCUGCCCUCCUGGCUGGGUCUUUUUCGAAAGUCGCUGUUUCCAGUUUCAGGAUGCGAGAAAGGCCUGGGCAGAUGCAGAGGUACAAAAACACAUGACUCUGUUCUGCUGUAGACUCACCUGAGAGAUCCUUAAUGUUUUAUUUGUAAGCGACAUGGGUGUUUUGUACAACAGGAAAAGGUUAACCUCAGAGGGAUUUUCUACCACUUAGAUAAACUGUAUACCAGUAACAGAAGUCCUUCAGAUUAGGCCAAGUGUUUUUUUUUUUUUUUGAGUGGGCUCAUUAAACAGAAAGAGUUUGGGGUCUCUAAACAAUCGGAUUCUUGUCUUCUCCAGAGUCACUGCACUUUACUUGGCGGAAAUCUGCCUUCUAUCCGAACUGCAGCCGAGUACGCCUUCCUCAGACAACUGGUUUUCAAAGCGACUAGAUCCCAUAGAGAGACUUGGCUCGGAGGCUAUGAUGCUCCAAAGGUGAGUGUUUUAUCUGUGGUCUAUCAUUGCUCAUGGUUGUCAAAAUGUUCCUUUUUUAACAUUAACACCUGUUUUAGGAGGGUGUGUGGCUGUGGAGUGAUGGUACCCAGUUUCUGUUUACUGGCUGGGGAAGAGGGGAGCCGAACAACCACAGGGGUGAAGGAUGUAUGGAGAUGAACCUGGGAGGUACAAACUAACAAUCCACUCCUGGUGGCUGACUUCAGCUCGAUCAGUUUUAUUUUUAGUUGGUUAGAUUGAAAGUGGUUUUGCUGUGGAGUCUCUUGUACUUGAUAGAAAAUAACUUUAAUUGUAUAUCAUGUUUUUCAAUAUUGUUUAGAGUAUUUGGCUUUUACUUCAUGACACCAAUGAGGAGUGUAAAAGACACUAAGGUAAACUCUUGAAGCACACACCCUGAAAUGAUUCUGUUUGUUUAUUUCAUCCUGUGUCCACAGGAAGAGAUUAUGUCAAUGACAAGAGGUGUAACAUGAGAAGAUCUUAUAUUUGUGCAAGGAAACCAUAA